GCAACGCUGGCCUCGCUUCGUUUCGCUUGUGGCGUAAACUAAAUUAAGUUAAUAAAAACAAGUGUUUCUGGCGGCCGCCGCGGCCCCAUCGAGUGCUACUGUUUGCUUGUCGGCUGUGCGAAGGGCGGGGAGUGCGCAGGAGGCGGAACAUCGGGCAGGCAGCGCAGGAAAUGGCCUUGGCCGUCAACCACGGUGAACACUAGCUACAGUCAACGACAACAAGCCAGUAAUCGCCAGCCGACGCGAGCGUACGCACACUUCGCCUCGCUGGCUCUGCGCUUUUAUUUUCCCCUCUGACAUCAUACGCGGCGGGAUCGCCAGUAUCUCCUUUCCCUGUGCACGCACAUGCUCUUGGAGCCCCGAGCUUGAUCCCGCAUCCACGGUGUUGCUUUCGUGAUGCAUGGCAGUCGGUGCCGCUGCGCAGCCGCCGAGAAAGUGCCGAGGAAUCCAGGACUCGAAACGAGGGAGCAGCGGGAUCGCCAGGAUCGCCGGGAACGCCGGGAUCGCUGGCAGCAGCACGCCUGAGGAAUCCGCGAUCGAUCGAUCGACUUCCAGCAAGCGCCGCCAAGACAUUCACCCAGCUCUCGCCCCUGCCAGCAGUCAUGUAUUCGGCGGUCCGCACCCACGACUACGAGUAUCCCGAAUCGGAAAUGGACGAGCGGGAGAGCCUGUACUUCGACACCAUAUCGCUGGCGGAAUCGGAGGCGGCGGCUGCUGCGGCGGCGCACCGCAAGUCGCUCUCCCAGUCGCGGAACACCAUCUACCACUCGGCGGUCGACCUGGCCGGCGAUGAGGGCCGGGCCAGUCUGCGUCUGGGAGGCGCCUCGUCCGCCGAGCAUGCGGCCCUGGCCUGGCAGCCCGGCUACCGGCAAUCCACGGCGCUGGAGCACCUCAACGGAGGUGGCGACCACACGGACGCCGCCAUCGCCGCGCAGAUGAUUGCCCUGCAGAACGGACGGAACCACCUGCCCACUGGCAUCGGGGUGGCCGGCGGAGACGGCGGAGGAGCAGGACCGGGCGGUGGUGACGAUGAGGUCUCUAGACGUCUGUUAAGAAGUAGUAGCAACAUUUCUAAUAAAGAUAAGAAAUUGCCAAUAACAUACUCCCAGUGGAAAUCAAGGACCUACAGACGCUUCGACGAUGGCAAGAGGAGCGUGGACUUUGUGUUGGCCUACAAUGGCGAGGUGCAGUCGGAGGAGCAGCGGCGCAAGUGCGAGAUCUUCGAGGCCAAUCUGCAGCGCGAGGGCCUGCAGCUGGAGCACAACAAGGUGCAGCGGGUGCACUUCGUGAAGAUCCAUGCGCCCGCGGAGGUGCUGUAUCGCUAUGCGGAGAUACUGAAGAUAAAGGUGCCGCUGAAGCCGAUCCCCGGCCAGGACCAGAUCUUCGCCGAGUCGGCGCACGAGUUCAAGUCCUGCCUGAGCCGCAUGUGCCGCAGCCUGUUCAGCUCCGUGCAGCUGAACACGGCCCUCUUCCCGGAGCGCGAGCCGCGCAUCCACUUCGAGUUCGCCCGCAACUACCUGGAGCUGUACGACACGGAGCACCCGAACUUCCUGGACGCCGGCACCCGCUACUUCAUCAUCAACUUCAUUCUGCAGCGCCAGCACUUCGUCGAGGGCGAGGAGACGGCCGACAACCUGGGCAUCGAGAAGCUCGUCCAGGACGGCGUGUACACCUGCGCCUACACACUGCAUGAUAAAGACGAUCGCGACCGUCUGCUGAAGGAGUGGGCCAACAUAUCCAAGUGGAAGAACCUGCAACCACUGGACCAAAUCAAAGACUACUUCGGAGCCAAGGUGGCACUUUACUUCGCCUGGCUGGGAUUCUACACGCAAAUGCUGAUCCCCAUCAGUGUGUUCGGAGUGCUCUGCUUCCUCUACGGCUUCGUCACGUGGACCAGCGAUCCGAUUAGCCGGGACAUUUGCAACGACAACGGAACGAUCAUGUGUCCGCAGUGCGACCGAAGCUGCGACUACUGGCGGCUGAACGAGACCUGCACGUCUUCCAAGUUCAACUAUCUGAUAGACAACAAGUCCACGGUGGUGUUCGCCCUGCUGAUGUCCAUUUGGGCGGUGGUGUACCUGGAGUUCUGGAAGCGCUACUCGGCGGGUCUGGUGCACCGCUGGGGCCUGACGGGCUUCACCCACCACGUGGAGCACCCGCGUCCGCAGUACCUGGCCAAAAUAUCGCGCUCCAGGAGGCUGGCCGGAAAGUACGAGGAGGACCAGAAUGGCAAGCCGAGCAUCCUGGACCCAGACGUGCCCUUCUGGAGCAUCAAGUUCCUGCCCAACUUUACUAGUUAUAGCAUCAUGAUAUUGUUCAUUUGCAUAUCAGUCAUUGCCAUAGCGGGCAUCAUCAUCUACAGAAUGGCACAGCGAGCCUCGCACAGCAUCCUAGGCAGCGAGAAUUCCAUGACGUUCAAGGUCAUGAUCCUGCCCAUGACGGCGGGCGUGAUCGACCUCAUAGUGAUCUCGCUGCUGGACAUGGUCUACUCCAAUCUGGCCGUAAAGCUGACCAACUACGAGUACUGUCGCACCCAGACGGAGUACGACGAGAGCCUAACAAUCAAAAACUAUGUGUUCCAGUUUGUCAAUUACUACUCCUCGCUCUUCUACAUUGCCUUCCUCAAGGGCAAGUUCGUUGGCUAUCCGGCAAAGUACAAUCGCGUGCUGGGCUUCCGCCAGGAGGAGUGCAAUCCCGGCGGCUGCCUCAUGGAGCUGUGCAUGCAGCUGGUCAUCAUCAUGGCCGGCAAGCAGGCGGUCAACGCCAUCGUGGAGAUGCUGAUACCCUAUCUGAUGCGCACCUUCAAGGAGCUGAGCUACCGCCACGGCUGGUACAAGAGCCACCAGGACCAGCGGCUGGUGCCCUACAACCAGUUCACCGAGGACUAUAACCUACUGCCCGCCGAGAACAAUUCGCUCUACGUGGAAUACCUCGAAAUGGUUGUGCAAUUCGGCUUCAUCACGCUGUUUAGCCUGGCCUUUCCCUUGGCGCCGCUGCUGGCCCUGCUGAACAAUGUGAUCGAGGUGCGCCUGGACGCCAUCAAGAUGCUGCGCUUCCUGCGACGGCCGGUGGGAAUGCGAGCCCGUGACAUUGGCGUUUGGCACAGCAUCAUGACCGUCGUCACCCGUAUAGCCGUGGCCUCCAGCGCAAUGAUAAUCGCAUUUAGCACGAACCUCAUACCGAAGAUCGUGUACGCCGCCUCCAUGGGCGAUCCCGAGCUGAACAACUAUCUGAACUUCACGCUGGCUGUGUUCAACACCAAGGACUUCCAGGUGCAACCUCUGCUGGGAGGCAGUCAGCAUGUGAACGAGACGGUGUGCCGCUACACAGAGUUCCGCAACUCGCCGGAGGAUCCGUUCCCCUACAAGCGUCCCAUGAUUUACUGGAAGAUACUGACGGGUCGGCUGGCCUUUAUAGUCAUCUACCAGAACAUCAUCACCAUGCUGCAGGGCAUCCUACGCUGGGCCGUGCCGGAUGUGUCGGGACGCCUGCUGAAGCGCAUCAAGCGGGAGAACUUCCUGCUGCGGGAACACAUCAUCGAGUACGAGAAGCAGCACGCCAUGAAGAUGGCCCAGACGGAGGUGGCGGGCCCCCAGAAGUCGGAGCUGCCCAGUGAGACGACGGUGCUGCGGAGGCGCGACGAUGCCACCACCUUUGUCUAGGGAUCGGCGGCGCACUGUGGCAGCUGCAUGUUCAUCGGAUCAUUCCUUGGUUUCUCUCCAGUAAAAACACGUAGUUAGCCGAACUUUUGUAUAUACCGACACGCGGAUAUCUAGGGGAUUGUCGCCACGUUAACGCAUGGAUGUUGUGCUUCGUACUUAAGAUGAUUUUUGUACUGUGUUUGCAUGGGAAGUGCUCAACGAAAUGCGGGCAUAUCGAGGACCCGAGUCAAGCAAUUGCAUUUUAUAUACACACACGAGGUUUUAUAUUGUUACUCGAUUGAUUGAUUGAUGUUGUAUUUUGUACGAGAGUUUCACGCAACUCCCGGAGCAAGGAGCCAAGGGAACCGUGCCCAUUGUUAACCCAUGAGAUCACUGCGCGGCCAAGUCGCUUGAGCAGCACACAACGAAUACGGUUAAAGAGAUAUGUAUUUGAAUAUUUUUACAUUUUAUACACACGUCCAAAGUGCAUUAACAAGGAGUAUUUAUAAUUUAAAUCAAUGUAUUCCCGAGAUGGAUCGAUUGAUCGAACCGAAAACGAAUUAUACACCACAGAAUGUGUGCAGGUGGAAGAUGCUAGCAUUAAACACUAAGAAACAAUCCAAUGUACCUUGCAAUGUUGCCCACAACCGAAAAGCGAACUCAGACAUAUGUACGUUCACCCUCGCCCUGUCUAAUCCAUUGUUUUUAUUGUUGAUUAUUGCCAAGCGAGAGCAUUGCACACUUCGCAAUAUUUUGUAGAACUCUAAAUGCUACUUACCAGUACGUACACCUAUAGUGAAUUGUUGUUUUGAUAAACAUAUUUAUACGAUACCAGUAAUAAUAAUAACGACUACGGUUACGAUAGAGAUUAAGCCGGAAACGGAUGGUGUUGAGAGCUGGUCUGCAUGUGAACUAAAAACAAGCAUAACAAAUAAAACAUGGGUUUACCCCAUAAGUGUUAACAGUGA